CCCAAGGCCAGCCCGACACAUUGGCUGCUCUAUUCACGAGCAGUCGUCAUCGAGCGAGAGAGCAGUCUUUCGAGUAGUCCCUGGAGAAAGAGAGAACCCUAUUUACGAGAAGACGUGACAGAACGGGAGAGAACAUGAAUUUAUGGCAAAGAGAGAUGCAAGUCGUUGAAUUUCUCAGAGAUAGACGCGAACAUGGCGAGAGAGAAAUGCAAGCAUGACAUGGAUGCUAAGUACAAUUUCUUACACACUCUGUUCUGAAAUUUUUGUCAAGAAACCCUACCCUAACAUUCUCGCCCUUUUUAUCGCCAUUUUCACUGCUUCACCACAGCACAAGAGGCUCCAAGCUCCAAGCUAUGUGUGCCCAUUCGCCAUGGGCCAUCUUCUCAAAGUUGCAGUGAGUUGCAGAAGAGUAUUGGCUCAGGUGGUGAACACAAACACAGAGUCCAUUGUAGCCAUGGCGUCUUCAAUGGAGCAAGAAUUCUUACCAGAGUACAAGGCAAAACUUAACAGAUUUCCUCGUUCUCACAUGUUUUGGGACUCCCAAGCCGCAGCUAAAGUUGGGAAAAACCUGGGGAACAGGAUCUCAGAAUUGGGGAUUUCACAGGUUCUGAUCGAUUCAAAGGAGGAGGAGUCCAGGCCUCUCCAUUAUAAGAAAAGGAUUCAAGCUUUGCUUGCUGCCCUGAAAAAUAAUGGCAUUCAGCUUGAGGAGGUUACAUCCAAAAAUUGAAGGAGAAGCUCCUGCGGAGCAGAGAAUCUUUUGACACACAGUAGAUUGGUUUGUUCGUACAUGAUGGCAUCACAUCCCAUUGGAAGCACAAUGACCAAAGACAGUCUGGCACAUAUUCUUGCCAGAAAGGUACCAUGUCAUAAGAACAAUAGGUUCACUGCUGGAUCUCGAAAAACAAGUGCUGGAUUGCGGUAAAUAGGUGUCGGACUGCGGCAAACAAGUGUCGGACCGUGUAAAACAAGUGCCAAACCGUGGUAAACGACUGUCGGACCGAUGACAUAUAUUGUCGGAGCGAAAUUUGAUUUGUCAAACUGAGAUCGCCAGACAACGUUGUUGAACAGCGUUAAACAACUACCAGACCGACGACACUUAUUGCUGGAGCGCAAUUUCACUUGCUCGACAUGGGAGAGUUGUGGGUUUCGUGGGUGCAUUUUCGUCAAAGAAUAUAACUUUUUAACUUGUGGGUAUUUAUUAUAAAAUAUAGUUUUGGGGUAAAAGUUGUGGUAAAAUAUGAGCUAUGGAUAACUAUAUUAUAAUUAUCCAUAUCGAGUAUUAUUUCAACAAGUUGUGAAAAAAAAAGUUGGUUAGGGGAAGUUGUUUAGAAAAUCUA